GCGGCGAAAGCAGUAAAAUUGGUCACUGCAUUGGAUUAUUACCUGCUGAAAGCAGAAGCGUUUAUGUAUUAAAAUGUGUUUGUUAUUGCAUUGAAUUUAUAAUUCUACAAAAGAAGCAUAUAGUUUAAGAGAAAAUGGAGAAAAUAAACUGCAGUUUGUUAGCAAUAUCGCUUUGUGCAUUGUUGUGGGGUGUGGCCGGUCAGUACGAAUGGCAAAUACGCGAUGCUUUUGACGAAGUCCGAGGGAAGAUGGACAAGAUUAAUCGCGAAAAUUGUUAUAUUAGUCACCUCGAUGACUUGUACCUCUCCGAAGAUUCUGUUUCUCACCAUCCCGACGUGAAAGAGAUCAACAUCAACCCGGUAUUCCCAAACCGUACCGCGAUGCUGCAUUUGCACAAUAUGGCCAUGAAUAGAGCUUUUUUCUGGAGUUUCGUUCUCCAAACCAGAUUUAUUAGACCCGCCAUCAAUGAUACCUACGAUCCUGGUAUGAUGUAUUAUUUCCUUUCGGCCGUUGCCGAUGUGGCUGCCAAUCCCUACAUAAACGCUAGUGCAAUAUAUUUUUCCCCAAAUAUGUCGUAUACCUCGUCGUACAGAGGGUUCUUUAACAAGACCCUGCCGCGUUUUGCUCCCAGAGCAUUCCGAGCUGAUGAUUUUAACGAUCCUGUACACUUACAAAAAAUAUCUACUAUGAACACUUUUAUAAUUGAAGAUUUAGGUGCUUUCGAACCAGAUAGCUUAUCGAAAGACUAUACGUCAGAAUUCUAUAGGACUAAUGAGUGGUAUAAGGUGUGGCUACCUGACAGAGUGGAAAGGCGUCAUGAUACUAAGACUACAUAUCAAGUAGAGAUCAGAUAUGCUAACAAUACAAACGAAACAUUCACAUUUCAUGGUCCACCAGGGAAUGAUGAGACUCCUGGUCCAGUGAACUGGACCCGUCCAUACUUUGAUUGCGGUCGGCUGAGCAAGUGGUUAGUGGGUGCGGUUUCGCCUGUUGCUGAUAUAUACCCUCGACACACGCAAUUCAGACAUAUUGAAUAUCCCACUUACACGGCUGCCGUGGUGAUGGAAAUGGAUUAUGAGAGGAUCGACAUAAACCAGUGUCCUCCGAGUCCGGGCAACGACCGACCGAACAAGUUCGCAUCGACGGCUCGAUGCAAAGAAACAACAGAGUGCGAGCCGUUGGACGGGUGGGGCUUCCGUCGCGGCGGCUACCAGUGUCGCUGCCGGCCCGGGUACCGGCUGCCCAGCAUCGUGCGCCGCCCCUACCUGGGGGAGAUCAUCGAGCGGGCCACCUCCGACCAGUACUACAACAACUUCGACUGCUCCAAGAUUGGAUGGAUCCAGGGCCUGCCGUCGGAGCUGGAGAAGGCGCCGGCGUUCCUGCGCGCGGUGUACCGGGACCGCUACCACGAGUACGUGCAGGCGGCCACCGGGCCCGCCGCGCUGCACGCGCCGCGACCCAACGUCUACGAGAUGCUGAACUUCAUCCGCGGCGUGCGCCCGGACAACUGCUCCCGGUACAACCCCAGCGACCUGGUCCUGAACGGUGACUUGGCGUUCGGAGUCGAGAAGCAGCUGGAGAACCAAGCCAAGAUGGCCCUGAGGCUGGCCAACUUCAUCAGCGCGUUCUUGCAGGUGUCGGAUCCACAAGAAGUGUUCAGCGGGAACCGAGUCGCCGACAAACCCCUGACCGAAGACCAGAUGAUAGGCGAGACCCUGGCCAUCGUGCUCGGAGACUCCAAGAUCUGGUCCGCCGGCACGUACUGGGACCGGGAGAAGUUCCCGAACCGCACGUACUUCGCGCCCUUCGCCUACAAGACCGAGCUCAACGUGAGGAAGUUCCGUCUCGAGGACCUGGCGCGACUCAACUCCACAGAGGAAGUGUACACGAACAAGCCCUGGUUCCAGUUCCUGAAGCAGCGCUGGUCGAGCAACUUCGACAGCCUGGAGCAAUACUUCCUCAAGAUGAACAUCCGCGACUCGGAGGCCGGCAAGUACCUCAAGCACUACGAGCGCUUCCCGCACUGGUACCGGGCGGCGGCGCUGCGCCACGGGCACUGGACGCAGCCCUACUACGACUGCGGGGGGCGCGUGCCGCAGUGGGCCGUCACCUACGCCGCGCCCUUCUUCGGCUGGGACAGCGUCAAAGUCAAACUCGAGUUCAAAGGUGCGGUGGCGGUGACGAUGUCAUUGCUGUCUCUGGACAUCAACCAGUGCCCGGACAAGUACUACGUGUCCAACGCAUUCAAGGGAACGGAUAAAUGCGACAGGAGCUCGUCUUAUUGCGUCCCGAUUCUGGGCCGCGGCUACGAGGCGGGCGGGUACAAGUGCGAGUGCCUGCAGGGCUUCGAGUACCCGUUCGAGGACCCCACCACGUACUACGACGGGCAGAUCGUGGAGGCCGAGUUCCAGAACAUCAUACUCGACAAGGAGACGCGCAUCGACAUGUUCAAGUGCCGCCUGGCCGGCGCCGCAGCCCUGGGGCUCAGCCCCGCUUUGCUGCUCGCGCUGGCGGCCACGCUGGUCGGCCUGCGGUAGUGCCCACGCUCACCUUCGACUGAAGCGGCUGUACCCUUUAGAACGGUACUAACUUAAUAUUAAAAAUUAAUUCUAAAAGCAAUCACUACAACAGUGUACUUAGUUUUUUAACGUUCUGGAUAGCGUAAAAGUUAGCUCAUAUUUGAAUGAAAUGGGAUAGUUUGC